ACUGGCAUUUGGCAAACGAUAAUAUAAUUUUCAUAAUUUCACAUUACAUAUUUUCAGAAUUUAGAAAUAUACAAUGGAGUCGGCGAUUCACGAUUCACGAGUUAAAAUAAUUUACGCAAAUUUUUGAAUGCACGCGUUAAUUGAUAAAUAUUUAUUAUCAAAAGAAACAAAGCAUUGUUUGAUUUGCGCCUCUGAUUUAAUGAAUUAUCAAUUAGCCCAACUUUACAAAACCAGCAUAACAGUGUAUUAGAAUUUCCAGUGUAAUAUCGUAAUUCUCUCAUUCAAUGCGUCAAAGGUGCACCAGAAACCAUGAACGUCUAUUGUGUUAUGAAUCAUAAGGUUAGGGGUUAGUGAUAUGUGUAAUUAGGUAGUUGAUUCGUGUACGAUAGCGUCGGGCGUUGACUUCUCUGAUAGGAAUCCGGUAGUGAGUAAUCGAUGGAAACAUGAUUGAGAGUGUCUCACGCCGUGCAUUUAGUAGUUCCAGUGGUACAUACAACGUGCGAGCAUCCGAGCUCGCGAGAGAACGAAAGCUAAAUAUUUUCAAUGUCACUGUGCUGUUUUUGGAUGACACCCAACAAUCCUUUCAAAUCGAGAAAAAAGCUAAGGGUAGCACUCUUCUUGAACUAGUGUUCCAACAUCUAGAUCUAAUUGAAAAGGAUUAUUUUGGAUUACAAUUUACUGAGAAUGGAUCACCACCUAGUGCAACAAAUACUGAAAUAACUCGCUGGUUGGAUAGCAGUAAAUCAGUAAAAAAACAAGUUGGUGUCAACGCUCAGUUCUGGCUUUCUGUUAGGUUCUACCCCCCAGAACCGUGCAGACUUGCCGAGGAGUUCACGAGAUAUUUGCUCUGCUUACAAUUGAGAAAGUUAUUGCUUGACGGCCGCAUGAUUGCGCCGAGGAACACAGCUCUUCUGCUCGCUUCUUUUACUGUGCAAGCGGAAUUAGGUGAUUACAGUACGACAGAGCAUACGAACAGUUAUCUCUCAGAAUUGUGCCUUAUUCCCAAACAAAGUGCGGAGGACGAACGGCGUAUACGCGAGUUGCAUAAGUUGCACAAAGGCCAGUCUCCAGCAGAUGCUGAGGCAAACUUUUUAGAGCACGCUAAGAGGCUUGAUUGUUAUGGUGUGGAGUCCCACCCGGCUAAGGAUUACAACGGAAAGGAUAUCCUCAUUGGAGUGACAUCUAUCGGCAUUGUGGUUUUUCAAAAUAAUAUUCGAGUCAACACAUUCUCUUGGAGUAAAAUUGUCAAGAUUUCCUUCAAGAAGAAACAGUUUUUCAUACAACUAAAGCGGGAAUCAUCUGAAUCCUACGACACAGUAUUAGGAUUCAAUAUGCGUUCUGGACGCGCGGCGAAAGCACUCUGGCGAUGCAGCGUGGAGCGUCACGGCUUCUUCAGGCUCAGGGCUCCACGUCGACGGCCCCUUUUGGGUGCUCUAGGGGCUCUAGCUGGUGUCACAGCCCCAACUGUAGCUAGGACCGAAACGCAGGCUCUCGAAGACGCGAGGCGGUCUAGAUCGAGUAAUCGGAGUUUUGUUAGGCGUAGCAGUUCACGUAAUCGUGACCGUUCAGCGGGUGAAUCUCCCGCGUUGGUCGUGACCUCAUCAGCUAGAGGGUCUAAGGUCACGGGUCACGGGGAACCGCCGCCACGACAGGCCUGGAGUGAUGCACCGCCUUUGGAGAAUGAAGACAGCGAUGGAGGAUUUCUGGAGCGAUCUCUAGCACUUCGCGUUCCGCUGUCGUAUGUCGACGAAUCGGAAUCGGAAUCGGCCGCGGAACCCGAACAGGAUAGCCAAGCCGUCUUUGUCCGGCUCAGCGCGGGGCCGGAUGGCCGAUUCGGAUUCAAUGUCCGCGGCGGUGGGAAUAAUACUCCCGUGUUAGUCUCGAGGGUGGCACCUAGGACAAGGGUACAUUUGCAGGAAGGAGACCAGGUGAUAUCAAUUAACGGCAAAGAUGUUGAUGAGAUGAGUCACGAUCAAGUGGUGCAAAUGAUUCGAAACACCAAGGGUGUUCUGACAUUGUUGGUGAAACCCAACGCGGUCUACGAACCCGAAGAGACGGGUCCAGAGGAACCGGCUGUAUGUUUCGUCCCACUCGGAUCGGGUCAAUUCGAGGGAGACGCACUGGAACAGUCCAUGCUCCUGCUGGGAGAUGGUUUGGCGAGUGGAGCGGCUUUACGGCAGUAUGAAACGUUAUUACGGAGAUUGCCAGAAGAGUCUGCGGUUUCCAAGUUACCGAAUAAUGUUAACAAGAAUCGCUAUAGGGACAUCGCUCCUUAUGAUUCUACUCGGGUGAUAUUAAAAAAUGGACCCACAGGAGAUUAUAUAAAUGCUUCAUUUAUUAAUAUGGAGAUCCCGAACUCAGAUCUUGUACUCACCUACAUUGCCACUCAAGGUCCUCUAGCCUCGACAGUUGGAGACUUUUGGCAAAUGGUUUGGGAAAGCGAGAGCAGUCUGAUAGUGAUGCUGACCGUCCUGGCGGAGCGCGGUAGGGCCAAGUGCCACCAAUAUUGGCCCAAAGUUGGGACCAACCCACUCAAGACUAGCAACUCGUUAACUGUAGUGACGAAUAGCGAACAGAAUCUUGGACAUUAUAUCAGACGGGAAUUGGUUUUGAAGGACAAUGGCGGCGCGAGUCGUGCAGUAACUCAGCUCCAGUACACGGCGUGGCCGGACCACGGAGUACCCGAGGACUCCUCUGCCUUCAUUGACUUCACUCGGCUCUGUUCGCAACUCAGGAACCAUCGAGCUGUUAUACCAACCGUAGUGGAAGAAAUGACUGAAGAGGAGCGUAUACUGGAACCGCCAAUGAUCGUUCACUGCUCCGCGGGCGUGGGCCGGACGGGCGCGCUCAUAUUGGCCGAAACAGCGUUGGAACUCGUUGCGAGACGGCAGCCUUUAUACCCUCUGGAUCUGGUUAGGACUAUGAGGACCCAACGGCCGAUGUGUAUACAGAAUGCGAGUCAAUACAAAUUCGUAUGCGAGAGCAUCCAAGCAGCGUACUCCCAGGGUCUGAGCCAGGAUAACUGAUAGCUGCUACUCCACCCUUCGAGGGACCCUUAUUUACGCAUACUCAUGUAUGGUAUCAGCCUUAUAAGGACACUGUGUUGUAUGGACCUUAGGUGACGUCACACGUGACGCAAAUUUACGUACCAGGUUACCGUCGAAGCAAGACUGAUACAUUGUAAAAUAUACCUUAACACAAAGAUAUACAUACGAAAAUUGAAAUUGACCAAAUCUAUGUGAAAUAUGAACGAAAAUAAACGCGAAUUUACAAUUUGUCACAUUAAGGUCACAGAUUAGAUUUGUUUUCAAUUAACACGUUCUGGAUACAAGUCUUUUGGCCCAAAUUUAAAUGUCACAUUUUAUCUGUUGUUUGUGGCAAUUUUAACUCAAUUUUUUUAGAUGUAUUGUGUGAUAGAUAGAUAUGUGUGUUAUAAAUUCGCGUUUUGUUCGAUGACGUGUUCAUUGAAAUCUUAUCAUAAAUACUGCCGUCAUAUUUGUCACUUUGACGUGUCAAUCUCUUUCGAAUCUGAAUUUGUCCUUUUUGGAUAGUUUUUAAAAGUUUUGUCAUUAAUUCUGCACUUUGUAUCAAUGUUUUUUUUGGAAUUCUUGUUCACAGCGCACAUUAUGAUGCAAUUUUUAAUGCAUAUGAAUAUAACAUACCUUCAUUUUGAACAAUUUUAAUAAUUCGUUAAAUCUUCUUUGGCCUCGAAAUUUAUGCUUUUAUAGGAAGUGAAAUUUUUAACUACCCUCAAUUCUAGAUAGCUAAUUUUGUUCAAACGCAAUUAAAAAAAACAAUACCGUAUUAAUCCAAGACGAGGAAAUAGAAAUGGUAUUUUUUAGUCCCCGGAAAUCGAACCUAAUCUCGAUGAUGUCCAUAGACACAUAUAAGUACUAUCUCCACUUCUUACGUUAGUGGUGUCCCUCUCAAAAGGUGAUAAAAAUUUCACUUUUAUAAAAUUUUUAAUGAAUCAAAUUGAUUUAAGUAAUCUCGAAUCAAAAGUACAUAUCAAUAAGAAUUAGGAUUAGUAAUUUAUUUAUUUGAUUUUUUCUAAAGUACCCACAUCGAAACUACCCUCAAUUUUGUAACUUUUUUCUAGGCUCUCUUAAAUACGUUUAUGAAUAAGUAUUUAGUUAUUAACUUUGGUUACAUAUUUUGGAAGCUUUUUAUAUGCUUUUAUGUAAAUAGAGAAUAAAAUACUGUUUUAUCUGAUUAAAACGCGUCAAUUUGUUUGUCAGUUAAAACAGUAUUUUAAUAGUUAAAUGCGAGUAUCACAUAUUGGAGUUAAAUGAUUUGCAGAUUGAAACGUGUUGUCUAUAAAAUACGCGUUUGAAUCUGGUCAUUUCAUUUAUAUCCGUAGUUCUUGCCCUAACGAAUUUAUCACACUUUUGUUCGUAGUGCCAUUUAAACUUAGACAUAUCUAUCGUUUCUCUGUUACACAGUGAUCACCCUGUGAUGUCCAAGACGUCUAUUGAAACAAGUUGAACGUUCCGUUAUACGGCCCGUAUUCUUAUAACUGUACCAGUAUUACUUAAGUUUCUAAGCGAAUUUUUUAUUUCCAUGUAUAAAGUGAGAUCGUAAAACGAAAGACGAAACGAUAUCGUCUAUCUAUCAUUCGUCAAAACGUCACUCAUAUAAUUUUUAAUAUCUGGUACGUUUAAUUACUAAACGAUAAAAUUUAUUUUUUAACGAAUUUUUGUGCUAUUUUAUUAUACAGUUGUUUUGGAUUAUAUUUUUGUUACUAUUUAUUUCAUGAUAUACUUUAUUUUCUCAACGAUAUUUAUAUAUUUUAAAUAUACAAAAUAAUAUUUACUAACAAUAGUCAUAUGUAUCCGUUGAUUAAGCUAACGCGUACGUACUCCGUACGUAUACGGUCUGACAAUAACAUAGAUUUACGACGAGUAGGUAUUGAACAUCACAUGAUUUUGUAUAAAAGUUAAAAAAAAAGGUUAAUAAAAGCUUUUUUCUUGUGAAGCACAAAAUUUAUGUCCAUUGCACAGAGCAAGUUUAGCACGGCAACGUACGCAUACUAGGUAUACGCGUAUGCGUACGCACAAGUAUUCAGCGAUUUUUCGUAUUUCUAAAUACUUUUACAAUUCUAUCCAAUUGCUGUAAAUUGCAAUUAUACAUACGUAUGAACAUUUUUACAUCGCCCUUAGCAUAUCGCAAUACUAACAAUUUUCAUACAAAUAUGUUCUGUGUAACUUUGUCCAACUCAGUGAGUGCAAACUUAUUUCGAACAAAAAGUGCAAUUGGCCUUUUUGCGUUGAUUAUUAACACCGUUGUUAAUUGUGUGACUGAUGUAGUUUUAAGCGUGUAUUUAUUACCUGCGCGUACGUUGGCAAGUUCGUUAAAAAAAUCGUUGCCAAAUUACGGGCCAGUAGUCAUGUGAACUUCGCUAAUAUUAUCACUUAAGACAAACAUACAGCGUGUUUGCCAUCUGGAGAAAUUUGAAUACUCGAAAAAUGUUGUCAUGGAGAGAUCAAAUGUUUUUACAGGGUGGAACGAAUAGUAAUAAUAUUACUUAAUAAAGUCUAAGUCUUUGGUCUUUGAAAAUCUCAGGGGAAUUGAAAACAUUGCCACGGACACGUUUGGUAUGUUAUAAUUUCUGGAGUAUUAGCGAAGUGUACGUACGAUUUAGUAAAAAAAUAUUUUUACCUUGUGAUGUAUUAAAUGCUGUGCGGUUUUUCUGUGAAAAAAAAAAUAAAGAAAAUUUACUGAG